AUGGCUGUGGAAUUAGCACUGGCUGAUUUAGCAACUAAAAAUACAGCGAGAAGGCGGAAAAGCCAGUUGGGGAAACGUCCCGUUGCCUGCCCAGUUAGUGGACUGGGUGGCUGCUGGCCUCCUCCUGGCCCCCGGCCAUGGCGUCGGAGGGGCCGCGGGAGCCCGAAGGCGAGACAGAAAAUAUAUACUGAAGAUCUGGCCUUUGGAGCUUCAACUUUUCCACCUCAGUAUUUGUCUUCUGAUAUAACUAUUCAUCCGUACACCUAUUCUCCUUUUACCCUUGAGUCUGCACAAAAUGUUUGUUCAGUGCCUGGCUCCCGGUAUGAUUAUAACCGACCUAAGUGUUACCCAGCUUUUCAAACUGCCAAGCCCCGUAAUGAGCGCAUGAGCCCUCUCCCACAAGAAACCAAAAGUCUUUUUAAGAAAAAAACAUACGAAGAGAAAAAAACAUAUGAUGAGCAAAAAUUGAACACUAAGCGGGUUGAUGGAAGUAUAUCAUUGGUGAAUUCUCCUAAAGAUUCCCAUCAUAUAUCCAUUCAUGCUGAAAAUAGCUUGAAAUCAGAUGGCUGUCAUAAACGAACAGACAGGAAAUCCAGAAUCAUUGAGAAAGGUGGAUCUACCUCCAAACCUGAGUUCGAGUUUAGUAGGUUGGAUUUUCCUGAACUGCAGGGUGCAAAGAACAAUGAUAUAGCAGAGAUACCAAAGCAACCCAAAUGGGGCCCUUUACGCUCCACUACGACCGACAUUUCUCUCUUAAGAGAAGUAGGAAAACCACCUGCAGCAUUAGCAGAGGGUGAAAUAAUGGCGAAGAAUAAAAAUGCAGCUGAACCUCUAACUGAAAAUACUGCUGCCAAUUCCCCUUCGUGUACAAGAGAGUUAUCUUGGACACCAAUGGGUUAUGUUGUUCGGCAGACAUUAUCUACAGAACUGUCACCAACCCCUGAAAAUGUUACUUCCAUGAUAAACCUAAAGACAGUUGCUUCAUCAGCAGAUCCCAAUAAUGUUAGAGCAUCAUCUUCUGAAGUUUUAUCUUCCAGUCCUUCCUACAACAAAGAAAAACACAUUGUUAGUCCUACUACAAAGUCUAAAGCAUCACAAGGGGGUGACCCUGAACAAAAUGAAGCCUCACGAAAGAAUAAGAAAAAGAAAGAAAAGUCCAGAUCAAAAUAUGAAAUCCUGACAGUUCAAGAGCCGCCAAGGAUUGAAGAUGCUGAAGAAUUUCCCAAUCUGGCAGUUGCAUCUGAAAGAAGAAGCAGAGUAGAGUCACCAAAAUUUCAAUCUAAACAGCAGCCACAGAAUAAUUUUAAAAACAGUGGAAAGAAGAGUCAGAUUCCAGUACAGUUGGAUUUGGGGGGAAUGCUGACGGCCCUGGAAAAGAAGCAGCACUCCCAGAAUGCAAAGCAGUCCUCCAAACCGGUGGUGUUCUCAGUUGGUGCAGUGCCAGUCCUUUCCAAAGAAUCUGCAUCAGGGAUGAAGAACCACCGCUUAAACCAGGUGAAGACCCCUCAUAACCCUUUGGACUCCAGUGCUCCAUUGGUGAAGAAAGGGAAGCAGAGGGAAGUUCCCAAGGCCAAGAAACCAACUUCGUUGAAGAAGAUUAUUUUGAAAGAACGGGAAGAGAGGAAGCAGCAGCGUCUCCAAGAAAAUGCUGUAAGCCCAGCUGCUGCCGGUGACACUGUGCAGGAUGGAGAGAGCGGUGGUGAUGAGCAGCCACUCGAGCAGGUGGAGCCCUCAGCUCCAGGGGGAACAGAAGAAUCCAUCUGUUCUGCUCAUUUCGUGGAAAGCAAGUCAGAAGAGCCUCUCAGAACAGAGCUUCAGAGCAAUGCAGAGCCUUGGCACCCCGGCCCCGACGUGGCCAGCCUCCCGAAGAUCCACAGUCGCAGGUUUAGGGAUUACUGCAGCCAGAUGCUUAGUAAAGAAGUCGAUGCUUGUGUUACGGAUCUUUUAAAAGAACUGGUACGUUUCCAGGACCGUAUGUACCAGAAAGAUCCAGUCAAGGCUAAGACCAAACGCCGACUCGUGUUGGGGCUGAGAGAAGUUCUCAAACACCUGAAACUCAAGAAAUUAAAAUGCAUCAUCAUUUCUCCCAACUGUGAGAAGAUACAGUCCAAAGGUGGACUGGAUGACACUCUGCACACCAUCAUUGACUGUGCCUGUGAGCAGAACAUUCCAUUUGUGUUUGCACUCAAUCGCUAAGCUCUGGGACGCAGCCUGAACAAAGCUGUUCCCGUCAGUGUGGUGGGGAUCUUCAGCUACGAUGGGGCCCAGGACCAGUUCCACAAGAUGGUUGAGCUGACAAUGGCAGCCCGCCAGGCGUACAAAGCCAUGCUAGAGAACACGCAAAAGGAGCUGGCAGGAGAGCCUGGGCCUCCUUCCCCUCCCAGUCCACCCACGCUGGGCCCAAGUUGCUCUGCAGAAGCUCCCAGUGGAAACGAAGAGCCUCAGUACAUUCAAAUCUGGAGAAAACAUCUGGAAGCAUAUAAUCGAUGUGCCCGGGAACUAGAAGAAUCUUUAGAGGCUUCAGCCUCUCAAAUGAUGAACUUGAAUUUAUAGGAAGGAGAGGUCUUUGCGUGUGCUUUCUGUGUUUGUGGUAAGGAGAGGGGGACUUUUUGGUCUUUUUCUUCUUCUCAGUUCUUCGUUGGCCUAAUGUAUUUUGUAUGACUGUUGAAUUUGGAAAUCAACCAGAGUGAAGGGACACAUGCAGCGGUGUUUGUCACUGCUCAGCUUCCUACACACAAAGCUGUGAAUCCAUCGACUAGUCACUGGCCCACUGGAUAUGCGGCCUGUAAUGUUUUCUAAAAGCCUCGUAAUGUAAGUUUGGCUUUCUGAGCACACUGAGGAUUUGGAAAAUAUUGGAAACCGUGGUAUGUAGAGUACUUUGGCUGCUAAAGAAACGUCUUCUCCAUUGCAGAAUAGUUGGACUAAGUUACUUAGUUUGCAGAAAACCAGGUGUUGGAUUCUCAAGCGCUAGGAACUGGAAGGAAGCACCAUUCCCAAUUGUAACUUUCUUCCUACCACCCAGUUUAAAAUGUCACAGCUUUGCAGGAACCUGGCAUAGAGACAGCUUUUAGGGAUGCUCCUGUUCCAGCAGACAGGAGGGGUUGAAAGGUUUGUUUCUAAGGAGAGAUGUCUUUUCAGUUUAAAGAUGGAGGGAUACUUGGAAAAAUUGCUAAUAUGAGCCUCAAAAGGAAAAAUGUUUUUUCUAACCUGUGACUUUUUUCACAUGAAUUAUUUUAAAUCUUUAUUUU